ACCCUGAAUACUUGCAAGGGGUACUGGCGCCGGAAGACCCGCCCUCCCAGGUUCCCCUUGAGCAUGUGUAGGGAUCAGAUCAGAUGUAUUUUUUUAAAUUUAAAGUUGUUUGAUUUUGUUUUUUGGGGGCAGUUUGUUAAUUUUUUUGGUGGCGGGAUGCACAUUAAAUUGUGUGAUCGGCAAUAUACCAUAGAAGAAGAACGGAUGUAGCUAUAAAAAUAAAACGCUGCCGGGUGAUGGUAGCUACGUUUACAAGAAAGAAACAUCUUCGCAGCGGUGCAUUGACACAUGCCUCUGUUCAGGUGUCCAUCCAGAGAGUGCGUGUUGAACAGUAAGAUGUCCAUGGUACUGUUUGCCUCGGUGUUGCGGGUUGGGGAUGGUCUACCCCUGUCUGCCUCCACAGACUAUGAGCAGGACAAAGGCCUACAGGAAACCAAAAAGCAUGUCAAAGCUCUGUCCAAGAAACUCGGCCAGUUCCCAGACCGCUGUGCUCUGAAGACUGGACAGUACAAUAUCAAUUUCACCAGCUCUCUGGGACUGGGAUAUCUGAUGGUGUGUACAGAGAACUACCCCAAUGUCCUGGCCUUCUGUUUCCUGGAUGAGCUGCAGAGAGAGUUCAUCAUCACAUACGACAACAAACGUGUCAACAGCGCUGUGAGGCCAUACUCCUUCAUAGAGUUUGACAACUUCCUCCAGAAGACGAAGCAGCGCUACAAUAGCCCCCGCUCUCUGUCCACUAAGAUCAACCUGGCUAACAUGCAGACAGAGCUCAAGCUGCGACCGACAUACCAGCUGUCCCCUGAGGACCUAGGAUCCAUCAACAACUUCUCAUACCGCACGGCCUCCAAGUACAAGGGCAUAGCUCCCAGCCAGCAGCUUGAGCCUGUGUGUCUACCUGGCGUUGUCUCCUGUGUGCUAAGCAUCCUCUGUGGAGGCCUCAAUCUACUCCGAGGGGUUCAUGCCAUAGAGAGCGUUAUGCAGAAUGACGACCACGAAGACUUUAUUUACGUGAUUGCCUUUUUCCUGGGCACAGCAGCCUGUUUGUAUCAGUGUUACCUGUUUGCGUACUUCUCUGUGUGGAGGAACAGUAAGUCGUUCCUGGCCUUCGCCCUGAUCUGUCUGUCCAACAUGUACCUGUAUGAACUGAGGAACGUGUGGCAGAUCCUCUUCCACGUGACUGUAGGGGCCUUCACGACACUACAGAUCAGACUGAGGCAGCCGCAGGGCAAAGCUCCGGACUACAACGUCUGACAACCAUGAGACUUACAACCAAACAAGAAAAAAAACACACUACAAUGUCGGACAAAAAGACUAAAACAAACCAACAACAAAAAAAAGUUUGUCUGAGAACCCCAGAAAGAUACUUCCUUACAACCAACCAACCACCAACAGCAAAACUAGAAACUACAACAUCUAAGGAAAAGAGGCAUCUCUGCCCCUGCUAUCUUCAUCACGUUGCUUCCCCACCACAGCUCAGGAUUGUGGGACGCUGAGCUCACUCUAGAAUGGCCUCCAAGUGAUGCAGACCAAUAGGAUUAAUGGGCGGUGCCACUACAGCUAAAUUAUUAGUUAAUUGGCUAAUAAUAACAAUCAUAUGAAUGUGUUAGGGGUAAUUAUCAGGAGUCUGAACAGGGGUUUCGGUCUUAGAUGAUUAGGACAUGUUAUCCAAUGGGUCUACUGGAUGCCAGGGUUGCUGAAUGUGGUCCUCUUUUUGCCAUGUGUACUGCAUAUCCAGUGAGGUUAGGUCAGUACUCAACUGUCAUUCUCUGAAUCCCUGGCAUCACAGACAUCUCACAUGUUUAGAGCAUUUUUGUAGUUAGGCUAUUUAUUUAUUUUCAUCCUUCUUCAUUGACAUGGCUAGUAAAUAUUUGUUUAUUGAUUAUGAAGAUACUUUUGAAUAAAUUAUGUGCAUGAUUAUGGUCCACUUCUA